AUGAAGGCCGUGCUCCAGAGAUGUCUUUCAGGAUCAGUGACUGUCGAAUCCAAUGUUGUCUCUUCCAUCGGCAAAGGCGUGGUAGUCUUGGCCGCCAUCGGUCCAGCUGACACCACUAAAUCCGUGGAAACAAUGGCUGGCAGGAUUUUAAAGAUGCGGCUCUGGCCAGAUGAAUCCGGAGCACAAUGGAAGCAGAACGUUCAGGACAUCCAAGGCGAAAUACUUUGCGUGUCACAAUUUACACUCUAUGCCUCCACACGUAAGGGGACUAAACCAGACUUCCAUGGUGCCGCAAAGCCAGAGAUUGCCAAGGAGUUGUACGAUCACUUUGUGACGACGAUUCGAACGACUUAUCAUGCGGAUCGAGUCAAGGAUGGUGUAUUCCAGGCGAUGAUGCAGGUCGCGUUGGUCAACGACGGUCCUGUGACGCUACAGAUGGACAGCGAAGAUACAAGGCACUCAUCCGGGGUCAACACGCCAAAGGUUCACAAUGAAGACUAG